AUGUACACUCUGCGGUACAUUAGAGACCAACUGGACCAGGCUGUUGGCAUGAGAGCACCCUGGCUGCCUGGUUUGACUGUCUUUUGUAUGGCAGUGUUGAGCUGCCUCUCAUGCGUAAGUAUGGGAUUGCCAAACACUGCAGAGGAUACGGCCUACAAAAACACAUCAGACAAGGGUCGAGUCCCUCCGCACAUCAUCUUUGUGAUGGUGGAUGACCAGGGCUACAGUGACGUGGGCUACCAUGGCUCAGACAUCCACACUCCCGUACUGGACCAGCUGGCUGCAGAAGGGGUGAAGCUGGAGAAUUACUACGUCCAGCCCAUCUGCUCACCUUCUCGGAGCCAGCUUAUGACUGGACGGUAUCAGAUCCACACAGGGCUCCAGCACUCCAUCAUCCGCUCCCGCCAGCCCCUCUGCCUGCCUCCUGACACGCCCACCCUGCCUGAAAGGCUGUGGCAGGCUGGGUACAGUACACACAUGGUGGGCAAGUGGCACCUGGGCUUCUGCAGGCCAGAAUGUCUGCCGACUGCCCGUGGCUUCCAGAGCUUCCUGGGCUCACUGACGGGCAGCGGUGACCACUUUAGCUUCCAGAGCUGUGACGGAGCAGAGGCCUGCGGCUUCGACCUGCACGAUGGGGAGCGGCCAGCCUGGGAGCUGAGCGGCAAUUACUCAACUCGCCUGUACACAGAGAGGGUUAAAAAGAUCUUGCGGACUCAUGAUCGACGGAAGCCUCUGUUUCUGUAUGUGGCGCUUCAGGCUGCCCACACGCCUUUACAGGCUCCUGCCCACCUCCUGCAGCGCUACCAUUCCCUUGGCAACCGGCUGAGGCGCCAUUACGCUGCCAUGCUAAGUGGUGUGGAUGAAGCGGUCGGGGAGAUGGUGGAGGAGAUGAGGGAUCAAGGUUACUAUGCUAACUCUGUUCUCAUCUAUUCUUCGGAUAACGGUGGGCAGCCUCUCUCAGGGGGCUGCAACUGGCCUCUGCGUGGGGGAAAGGGCUCAUACUGGGAGGGAGGCGUGCGGGCAGUUGGUUUUGUCCACAGUCCUCUGCUGGAGAGAAAGAGAGAGGUCAGCCGGGCUCUGAUCCAUGUCUCAGACUGGUACCCAACGCUGCUGGCUCUGGCAGGAUCUCCAGAGGCGGAACCUCGGCGCCUGGAUGGAUAUGAUGUCUGGGGGGCCAUCAGUAAGGGUCUCCCUUGUCCCCGGACUGAAAUCCUCUUUAACAUUGACCCUGUUUCACGCCGGCCUGGAGAGGUUGACCACAGGCUGCUAGCAGUCAAUGGCUUCGGAAUCUGGGACACUGGAGUGCGAGCAGCAAUUCGAGUGGGCGAAUGGAAGCUGUUAACAGGAAAUGUAGGGGAUGGUGACUGGGUCCCCCCGCAGAUUCUGCCUGGGGGUCCGCAGCACUGGCAGGGCAUGGAGAAGAGACAGGACCAGAGGGGCAAAUCUGUCUGGCUCUUCAACAUCACUGCUGACCCCUAUGAGAGGUCAGACCUGGCAGAGGCUCGCCCCGAAGUGGUCAAGUUGCUGCUGUCUAGGAUAGCAGAGUACAAUCAGACAGCCAUACCAGCCAGAAACCCCCCAGAUGACCCAAUGGCUGACCCCCAGCUCCAUGGAGGUGUGUGGACGCCAUGGCUUGCAGAGAAAGAAGAAGAGAGUGAAGAUGGUGGCGAACCAGCAGAUGGACACAAUAAAAAGGUCCGUUUUAAAUCCUGCAAAGUCUGCAAGCUCAGAGCGCUGUUUAAAAAGGUGGGGACCCGUCUACAAAGAUCUGCCCUGUUCUUCUAGGCAGAGAGGGACAACUUAGAGGGCCAGAAGAGUGGACAUUAGGAGAAAAAGAACGAAAAAUCUCUGAUGAGCUGGUGCGCACUGCUUAGCCACUGCCUUCUCUGUUCACCCAUGUGCAGCUAGCAGACGAUGGUGGGAGAGUGUUUGUUGAUGUAACGGCUCAUCCUCCCAUCAGCUGAAGGACAUAAUCAAGCUAGCAUUAGAAAUUCAGAAGUGGGUUUAUUUUCUGUAUGGUCAUGAUGGUCAGCCCAAACUGCACCCCAAAUUUUGCACCCAAGAGUCCCAUAGCUGGAAACAAUUGGAGCAAAACACGGCAGAGAACUAUAGUGGAGGUUACUUUAAAUAUUGUGACAAAGUAUGCAACUUUAGCAGGCCAGCAACAUGUUUAUC